UCGAGAAACACAGAUGAGCGCACGCAGCAGUUUCUUCCGCGUCUGAAACAUGUGUCACCAGAGGAGAAGCGACUGAGGAGAAUGUCUGUGGUAAAUCCUCCCACAGAAAAAGUCUCUGUUACAGUCUCCGAGCCAGAGACUCCACCCCUAAAGAAAGAGACGGGGCCUGUGAUUGGUGGACUGCGACUGCGUUCUGCACCAGGGGCUUGUUUGCUGUUCGCUGGCGUUUUGCUUUUAGUGGGAAUCGGCAUUGCUGUGGGGGGUUAUUGGAACGGUAACCCCCGACGACAGCCACUUCACCAUGUGUCAAAUGGACGCACCUCUUCGGAGAAACUAAAACUGAUUGGUCCUGUCAUCAUGGGGGUGGGGCUUUUCAUCUUUAUUUGUGCCAAUACAAUUCUCUAUGAGAAUCGGGACCAAGAACUACGCCAAGAACCAGAACGAGACAGAAUUCAAGCAUACCAGGAGAUCCUACCGCUAGUACCCCAAACUCAGAGACACAACAAUAGUGAUUCAAAAUGGUUUUCGCAAACAGAAUCAAACGACAACACAUAUACGCUGAACUUGUCUGAACUCAACAUUCAUUGUCUGGAUGAACAUGUGGAUCUUCCCAUCCUUAAGUGUACUUCUCCAUCCUCUUGUAACUCCAGUCAGGUGAACUUAGAGAUAGGAUCUUCCUUUAAAGAUCACAAACGCAUGGACAGUUUUACUUUGCCUGUCAUUAAACUCAAUGACUGCCUGAUUGGCUCCUUAGACCCAGAGGCUCCGCCCCUCCCCGAACGGACGUACCGGAACAAGAUGGGAGUGGAAUAUGUUACAAGUGUGGAAGUAACAAGAGUGAAUUCUACGGAUUCAUCUCUAUUGAUGAUGAACAUAGCAGAGCUAAAGGAUCGGUAGGCCUUUAUUGUCACGGGGGUCCCUAUUGACCUCCAAUUGUAUGGGCACAAAGCUACUGAGACAUUUCCCAUAAUAUCUUCUUUUGUGUUCCAAGAAAGAGUCUUAUGCAGGUUUUGAAUGACACGAGUGUGAAUAAAGGAUCAGGUUUUCUGUUAGA